AUGCGGUCCAGAGCAUCAGUCAAGCCCUCCCAAUACCCCCCGAUUCCAUUCCAUACCAUUCGCUUGUUCGGCCUGAUUUCCACCUUCAUUGUGGGCAUUAUCUUGGCCGUAUUCAUCAAUCAACUGCAUAGCAACAAUUACAAGCUCCCGUGGGCUUUCCUAAUCCUCCUCAUAGCCACCGUCUUUUCCCUCCUAAACUAUAUCCUCACCACCCUAACCCACUGCUGCUAUGGCCUCUCUCCGCGCCUCAACCUCGUCACCAACAGCAUCGUCCUCAUCCUCUGGCUUAUCGCCCUCGGCCUCCUAAGCUGGAGCAUGUCCCAUACCAUCCUAACGACCUGCAACACAACCUACUGGGGCACCUCCACCGGCAUCAGCGUCUGCAGGAUCUACAAGGCCCUCUUCACCUUCACUAUCGUCGCCGCGACCUCCCACAUCGCCGCCGCCGCUCUGGACGUCAUCGUUUACCGCCGCCAAACCCGCCUGGGCCAAUACGACCCCAUGGCCAGUAGUACCGCUCUCAACGACUACAAGAUGCACAACCGCGACAGCAGCAUCAUGUCCGGCGGCGUUGGUCCCUACCCGCCUGAUGAGGCCGACCACCCCUAUUACGCCAAUCACCCCCAACAAGAACCCUUGUACCAGCACGCCCCGGAACCGUUGUACCACCCCAGCCAGCGGAUGCCGCCCCCUCCUGCGUAUGGGGCUGGCUCGUUGGAGCAGCACCAUGCCGAUGAGGCGGAGGAGUACUCCGAUGCGGCUCCGGUGCAGGGACGUCGGAAGCCAAGGGUGAGGUUUAGUGCUUACGGGGGUACUGCGGGUUAUAGUCAGCCAACGGAGCAGACGAGUUAUGAUCCGGCUGCGUAUCGGUAA